AUGAACGAACUAUAUUUCCUGCUCGUCAUCGGUAUCGUAGCAGGGGCCGCUGCAAAGGAUGAGGACCCGGCGACUACCACUCCAGAACCACCUCAACCGGUUUACAAGACCCCGCAACAGACCCCCGCAUACGCGCCCCAAAAUUAUCCUUACUCAGACAGCUACGCCUUUUUUUACCCUUCCAUGUUACCAGCUCAACCCCAGGCCUAUUCGGGGCAGCAGGCUCAGUCGAGUUACGUGCCGGCGGUGAUACCUGCAGCACAGGGAGCCCUCCAGGUAGUGUUGAAAGUUUUGGCGAAAUUUGGACUUUUCGUUUUGGGUGGCACAGCCCUGCUUGUGAUAGGGGGAAUUUUUACUACAAUAUUAUGCCAUUUGACGCCGAUUUGUGUGAUUUCGUUCCCCGCUUUCGGUGGGCUCGACAAGGAGUCGGUGAGAUCGUUGAUGACACCUGAUAAAAUUUCAGCAGCAGCUGCUCUGGUCCAGGAUGCUCUCGGAAAGUAUCAACGACUGCAGAGAGCCACGAAAACUUAG